CGUACCUUCUUCCCAAUACUCGACUGCCCCGCUUGAUUUUGCAUCUACGACGUAUGAGAGGGUGGUUAGACUGGCUGCUGGUACUCUAUGGAAAAAGGCAUGGAGCGAGUGCAGGGUGCGAUAGAGGAGCAAUUGAUAUUGCGACGGAUCAGAGGACAACAAAGCGGGGCUGGAGGAGUAGGGUAGUACAAUUGGGACACGGGACGCCAUGAAAUGCAUAAGGCACGGAGAAAUCAAUUGAGAGCGCCAGAAGGAC